CACUUCCUCGUUUUCACCCACCUGAGAUCGUCUUCUCCGACGACUCCGGCGAAACAAGCGAGAUAGCUCACGGCUCCGCCGACCACCGGUUACGGGACUCGUGCGGGCGUCGCGCGAUCUAUCGGGCGGAAAGGGGGGAGGAGCACCCCGCGCCAUGGCAGGAACUAAUCCACCACCAAAGCCAUGGGAACGCGUUGGCACUUCAUCUGGUCCAGCGCCUUUCAAGCCCCCAUCUGGAGGUACCACAAGCGACAUCGUUGAGGCUUCUGGAACAGCAAAACCUGGGGAAGUUGUUUCUGCUGCUCAGAGCAAUGCUGCCCUCGGUGUAAAUAAUACAGUUUCAAGGCCUGUGCCCCCACGCCCUUGGCAGCAGCAGCAAGGAUUUGGAAAUUCUUAUGGGGGCUAUGGCGCCAGUACAUAUAACUCAUAUGGUGGAUUCGGUGGGGCUUCUAGUAGCAGCCGGCUAUAUGGAAAUAACAUGUAUUCGGGUUAUGGGGGAGGUUAUGGCGGUUCAUAUGGAGGUGCUGGAAUGUAUGGUGGUCCAUAUGGAGGUUCUGGAAUGUAUGCUGGGUCAACCUAUAGUAACGGGAUAGGAAAUCCCUAUGGUGGUAUGGGCAUGGGUCCUUACAAUCAGGGUCCGGAUUCUUUUGGCCCUCCAGCACCACCCCCAGGUUUCUGGGUCUCCUUCCUACGAGUGAUGCAUGGAAUUGUGAACUUCUCUGGGCGAGUUGCUUUCCUUAUCAGCCAAAACACCCAGGCAUUUCACAGCUUCAUCACGGCUCUUUUACAGCUAUGUGACAAGUCUGGAAUGCUUUAUAGUGAGCUUGCAAGAUUCGUUUUACGUUUGCUGGGGUUCAAAACAAAACCAAAGAAGGGCAGGGUUCAGGGUGCAGAAUCUCCAUCAUUCAAGGGAUCAGGCCAGCAGUUCGUUGAGGAACCCAAAGCUAACAACUCCUGGGACAAUGUCUGGAGCGGGGAUGGCAGGGGAAAUCUUUGUCUCCAUGCGCAGCGCCCAUCUCCUCGCUAUAUAUCACCCGGAUCAAUCGCACCCCCACCACUCCCUCCCGUUCCCUUCUUCUUCUGCUUCUCCUGGUUUUGUUGGUUGCAGAGUACGUGGUGUGAGUGCUGCCGGAGAAGAAGAGAGAAAAUGGGGGAGGUCACCAAUGUGAUGGAGUACCAGGCCAUCGCCAAGCAGAAGCUGCCCAAGAUGGCCUACGACUACUACGCGUCAGGCGCCGAGGACGAGUGGACGCUCAAGGAGAACCGGGAGGCCUUCUCCAGGAUCCUGUUCCGCCCUCGCAUACUGAUCGACGUUGCCAAUAUUGACAUGACCACAUCUGUUCUUGGAUUCAAGAUAUCCAUGCCCAUCAUGAUUUCUCCCACUGCCUUUCAGAAGAUGGCACACCCAGAAGGAGAGUACGCAACGGCUCGGGCAGCGUCAGCGGCAGGAACUGUAAUGACGCUGUCAUCGUGGGCCACGUCGAGCGUGGAGGAGGUCGCCUCGACUGGGCCGGGGAUCCGCUUCUUCCAGCUCUACGUGUACAAGGACAGGAAGGUGGUGGAGCAACUGGUGAGGAGGGCCGAGAAGGCCGGGUUCAAGGCCAUCGCGCUCACCGUGGACACCCCGCGCCUCGGCCGCCGCGAAGCCGACAUCAAGAACAGGUUCGUGCUGCCGCCGAACCUGACGCUGAAGAACUUCGAGGGCCUGGACCUGGGCAAGAUGGACCAGAGCAAUGACUCCGGGCUGGCGUCCUACGUCGCCGGCCAGAUCGACCGCACCCUCAGCUGGAAGGAUGUGAAGUGGCUGCAGAGCAUCACGUCCAUGCCGAUCCUCGUCAAGGGAGUCAUCACCGCAGAAGACGCGAGGCUGGCGGUGCACUCGGGCGCGGCGGGGAUCAUCGUGUCGAACCACGGCGCGCGUCAGCUGGACUACGUGCCGGCGACCAUCAGCGCGCUGGAGGAGGUGGUGACGGCGGCGCAGGGCCGCAUCCCGGUGUUCCUGGACGGCGGCGUCCGCCGCGGCACCGACGUCUUCAAGGCGCUCGCCCUCGGCGCCUCCGGAGUCUUCAUCGGGCGGCCGGUGGUGUUCGCGCUGGCGGCGGAGGGGGAGGCCGGGGUGCGGAACGUGCUGCGGAUGAUGCGGGAGGAGUUCGAGAUCACCAUGGCGCUCGGCGGCUGCACCAAGCUCAGCGACAUCACGCGCCGCCACAUCUUCACCGAGGCCGACCGCCUCGGACGCCCCCUGCCCAGGCUCUGAUGCGAUGAGCCCACCGCCCGUCGUCCACUACUACUCCGGCCGGCUAGCGCCGCUCUCUCUCGAUCUCGAUCUCAACAACCGGCCGUCUUCGAUGCAUAUAUAUACCGGGCAAAGAUGAUGAGUAGCCAAGCUGUGCGUGGGCCUGUUCACGCGGCCGGCGACCCCCGUAGUAGAUACGUACAUAAUUUUGCGAGCAGCGGACAGCAGUAUGCCUCGUAAUUUUACCUGCAUCCAUGCGGACUACACGAUAUUGUAUUCGAUCCUGGCUA